AUGAGAUCGAUAAGAGUGCCAUUCACCGAAGAAGGUACAAUCUUGGAUCAAUAUUCGCUAGAGCUUGACGGUUAUAUGACACGCCAGUUAUUCAGCAUCAGAAUUCGUCAAUUCAAUGAAACGAUAAAUGCAGCUCAAAAAUUGCUUACUGAAAUUGCUAUUGCAACUGUAAUAUCGGUUGUUGUAACUAUUAUUUACAUAGUUCUUAACAGACGAUAUAAUAGAAAGAUGCAAGAAGCAAUAAAUCAUAGACUUGAUGAAUUCAAUAGAAUCGACAAUCCGAAACAAUUAAAUUGGCGUGUAAUAACAGAUAGCUACAAACUCUCCGGAAAUCAGAUGGUAUUGAUUAUUGAAAUUGGCGGGAAACCAGACUCAUCUAUCGUAAUUAUCAAAUCAUUAGAAGAAGCACAUAUAAACGACUAUUAUAACAAGCAGGACACUAAAGAAGAUUAUUUCAAUAACGUUGAUAAUGCUCCACCAGCAUAUAAUUGA